AUGCAUUCCGUUUUGCUUCUGGUACUCCUCUCCCAGCUGAGCUUGAAUAGCCUGUUGGUCUACUGUGAGAGGCCAAGGGCUGUCAAUGUAGGAGUCGUGCUUACGCAAGAUUCAGUCAUUGGUGGAGUUGCCAAAGUCGCCAUUGAAGUGGCUGUGGGUGAUAUCAAUGCAAAUCCAAGUAUUCUUGUUGGUACCCAACUGAAAUUAAUCCUGGAGAACUCAAAUUGCAGUUCUUUUCUUGGCUCCAUUGCCGGUAUGUUGGUUAAGUUCUAUGCUCAUUUUUUUUAUUUUUUAUGUUAAUGCAAAUUUGAAGGGGUGGUAUCUUCCUUAUUGAAAAGGGUUGAUAUGAAACUGAUAGCGUUUUUACCAUUAUUUUGGUGAAAGAUUUUUGAAAUUUAUUUUUUAUGGGAAAUUUAAUUUAGUUACCACAUAUUACCUCUUAUGAUUAUUCUCACAUACUGAUCACGCCUAUGACAUUAAACUUCAUAAAUUACUUUGCAAAACUGUCUUAUGCCUGGUUGCUGUUUCACAUCUGGAGAAAGAUGUACUGAUUCAACAUUCUUUUACCUUCAUCAAUGUGUCCUAUAAGUUGUUUCUUUGAAUCUAGAUUCAUUUUUCGUUUUGUAGCUCCUCUAGCAAAUAGCAGCUAUCCUUAAUUGGGAUUUUCCUCUUUUCCUUCUCAUUGACUGUUUCCAUGGUCAUGAGGAAAUUUUAAGGAUUGCUCCUUGGUUGUGUAGAUUAAACUAAGACCAAAGAAAGGUUGUUUUUGGCCGGCUGCUCCCAUAAGAUUUUUGACUGGUCACCACCUUCGCAAUAUAUUUUGCUCAGGUACCCUUGACCACUUUGUAUAAAUUUGACAGGAGGACAUAUUCUUUGGACUCUUCUUUGUAUUAAUCCAUCCUCAACUCGUAGGAGGAAGGCUUACGAUUUGUCGUGGCCCUGAAUGUUUUUCAUAUCAUAUCAAAUCGUCAUGUUCAAUUUUGUUGACAAUCAACUCCUACAUGAGUAUCUGCAGAAGAAUCAUACUGUAACACUAAUGAUGAGGCCGUGAAAAGACUGAGAUGAUCGCUAGGUGUUGAAUUAGUUAAGAACACAGGUAUUAGAGUUGGCUGGCCCGAGUCUUGUUCCCAGACAGUGAAAAUCAUUAUGUUUACUUCCUCAGAAAAUACUUUUAUGAACAUUAGGUAUCUGAGGUAUUAGAGUCUGAUAGUAAGACAUCUCAAAGGUCUUAGUGUUUUUUUCUUCACCCCUAUCUCCUGCGGGACUAUUGUAGAUUUUUUAUGUGUUUUUUAAUUUUGUUAUUGUAAUUCUGAGCUAAUACCUGCCCCCAGAUGUGCUUCAAAUAAACGUGAAGACAGGAGUUGAUGUGGAUAUCUUUUUUUCUAAUCAGGAUCCAUUAAAAAUAUGAUUAUAAUCUAUGCUUUCUCAAUCAAGUCAAAAUUAUCUGUGUAUAUCAUAACACUAGUUGAUGCCAACUGUCAGACCGUCAGUUGUGGUAAAGCUUAAUCAUGACUUCUCUUUUCAGGGAAAAUGCUUUAUCUACGGUUACAUUAUUCUACGAAAUAUUAUAUUGUGUCUUGCUGGAAAUCUAAUUAAGGCAUGAUCAGUCGAACUUAUAGUAUCCAUAAAAGAUAUGUAAGCUCAAGGAAGAGAGUUCUUGUUAAAGCUGAAUAUGCUGACGGUGACGAAAAUGGUGUUAGAUUGUUUGGGUGAUUGCAUGAUUUUUUUUCUCACAGAAAACUUCGUGUAGGGAUAAGCAUUUUCAACACAUUGCCUCCAUAAAAAAUAUUGUCAGUUUGAGAUAGCAAUUUAGUUGAACUUAAAAAUGCUGAAGGUGAACACAAUGAUAUUUUGAUGGUUUGGACUGUAGCAUGAUUCUUGUCCCGAAAAGAUAGUCAUUGUGCUUUAUUGAUGAUUCAUGUGAGUAGCAGCCUGAAGGCAAUCUGGUAAUGCUCCACUUAUGAUGGGGAUGAUGAUCACUGACCAAGAAUUUUGUGGGCGUACCCCUCUGCGGAUAGAGAUCAGGAAUUAAUACUUUUCUUUUCCUGUUGCAGCCUUACUAACUGAAAUUGUUAGAGUUCAGAGCAGUAGACUGCUGUUGUUCACAACAUUUGGGUGUUGAAAUUCUAUGUGAGGCUGUUUAACAAUUGUGCAGCUAUCAGGUGAGAAGGAAUUUUUAAACGAAAUAGAAGACCUUUUGAUUGUUCUUCUUCCCCAUCAUCUUCUGCCUCCACUUCAUUUCCUUUCUCUUCUCCAUCUCCCCUUUCAUCUCCCUCUUUCCAUCUGCCCUGUAUACACGAGCAUGUGCAUACCUGGGUCCGAUCAUACAUGUUUUAUUCUUUCUUUGUUCUUCUCUUUGAAACUCUGUGAUACGCGUUUAAACAUAAAAGUAGUGUUAUUUCAUGAAUUAUUUUACAAACCCCCUUGCCUGCAUAUUAUUUAACAGCUUUUGACAAUUCAAUAUGCCCGUGGCAGCCAUUCUUGAAAGUUAGCGCUGAAAAGUUGCAAUUUUACUACCUUUAUGAUUUUAGAUUACGAAGAUGUUCCCAUAUCUCUAUUUUGAUAUCCAGUGCAAAAUGUUUCCCGUGAUAGUACGCCAUUUCAGCUUCUGAACGUUCAUGCUAUGAGAUAUGAUCUGAACGUUCAAGACUUAAUGAUGGAGAGAGCAGAUAGGUGCUAGAUUUAUGUUUUAUUUUUUUGUAGUAUUUUGCCUUGUUCUUUUCAUAUUCUGUAGUUGGAUCUUGGAAGCACUUCUCAGUAACUGUUAUUAUAGUGAACAAACUAGUGACGGGUGUGAAUUAGUUGGCCAAUAUCAAAAACCUUUUUGGCCUCCAAAAAAUUUGAUGCACAAGGAACUUGCUGAAGGUUCCAUCGAUCUGGGCAAUGUCACCACCUAGAGAUGAUUGACGACCAAAGUUCUUUAAACCAGGAUAGACUCGUGACUUAGUCUGACUUAAAUGUUAAAUAAUUUUCUCUAGAUUACAAUCUGUGAUACAUUUUAUGAUUUGCCAAGGGCCUAAGUUCUCUAUGGUUAAAUACUUUUCUGUAGAGGAAUCUAUUAUUCUUAAAUGACUCUGUCCAUAUAUUCCAUGUGUCGAAGGUGAGUCCAAGUCACAGCUGAGACUGAAUGAUCUGACCUUUUUUUUUCCACCUCCUGAAUUCUGACACCAUAUUCAGUCAGCUGAAAUUUCUUCUAAAACCACUACAUUAGCUUUGUUUAUUUUCGAUUGAAUAAAACUUAAGUUAUCCGUAUGUUCGUGACUACUCACUGCAUGAUUCUACAAUUUACAGUUUAUGCUCUCCACUAAUAAGCAUACUGAAAUGACAAGAAUAUGUCUUUUUGGUAGCGACUGAUAGCAAUUUUUUUUCUUCUUACAGCUCUUCGGGUUCUCGAAAAAGAUGCGGUUGUGAUAAUUGGUCCACAGUCUUCCACUGUAGCUCAUUCCAUUUCAUUUGUUGCGAAUGGACUCCGAAUACCGCUUUUAUCAUUUGCUGCCACCGAUCCCACAUUAUCCUCGCUUCAGUUUCCAUACUUCCUCCGCACAACUCAAAGUGAUUUUUACCAGAUGGCUGCCAUGGCUGAUUUGAUUGAUCACUUUAGGUGGAAGGAGGUCAUCGCUGUGUUUGUGGGUGAUGAUUAUGGAUGGAACGGAGUAUCCUCUCUAAGUGAUGCGCUUGCCAAAAAAAUGUCAAAAGUUGUUCAUAAGGUUGCCUUGCCCGUUGGAGCUAGUUCUAAUGUUAUUUCUGAGUUGUUGAAUAUGUCCAAAGUGGUUGGCCCUCGAGUCUAUGUAGUCCAUGCUAGUCCUGAUUCUGGGCUUUUGAUUUUCUCUGUAGCUCAGAAACUUCAAAUGAUGACCGAUGAGUUUGUAUGGUUUGCUACAGAUUGGCUAUCUACCUCUUUAGAUUCUGCUGCGGAAAUAGGUGAUAAUUUGGUAAAUCUGACGGGAGUAAUAUUUUUUCGACAAUAUAUCCCGCCAUCAAGUACCAAAAAGGCUUUUGUGUUGAGAUGGAAUGAAUUACUGAGAAAAGGUAGAGUGAGAUAUCGACUAAACACACAUGGCUUUCUUGCUUAUGAUACAGUUUGGGCAGUUGCACUUGGCAUCAAUGAGCUUCUCAGUGAAUCUAAUAAUAUAUCUUUCUCCUAUAGUAAGAACCUUCAGGAUGUGAAAGGAAAGCUGCAACUUGGGAACCUUAAAACGUUUGACCAUGGGCAACUGCUACUUGAAAAGUUAUUGCUCUUAAAUUUUACAGGCAUUUCCGGUUUGGUCCAGUUUGACAGUGAACGAAACCUGAUCCGUGGAGUCUAUGAGGUGCUUAAUGUUGACAAUUAUGUUAUUCGUUCGGUAGGUUAUUGGUCAACUCAUUCAGGCUUGUCUGUUUUGGUUCCCACCAUUAUAUACUCAAAUGCCCCAAGUAACUUCACUGAAAACCAGGAACUUGGUAAUGUUGUAUGGCCUGGGGGGAAGACAGUGAAACCACGUGGUUAUGUGCUUGCAAGCCAUGAGAGACCAUUCAAAGUUGGAUUUCCUCGCAGAGUUAGUUUUACAGAGUUUUCAAAAGAAAUAGAAGGAACUCUUGAAGUCGAAGGAUACUGCGUCGAUGUAUUUAAAGCUGCCUUGAAAUUGGUUCCAUAUGAUGUUCCAUACCAAUUUGUGCCGUUUGGGGAUGGUGAAUCAAGUCCUAGUUAUGAUGAGUUGGUUAAUAUGGUGGUAGAAAAUGUAAGAUGAUAUGCACCCACUUGUCUAUCAAUUUGUUUUGGUUGAUAUAUGAAACCAAAAUUCUGUACAAUUUCUCUCCAGGUAAUUAAUGCGGCCAUGGGAGAUAUUUCCAUAACCACAAAUCGGACAAGACUUGUGGAUUUCACUCAACCCUAUAUUUCCACUGGUCUGGUUGUCAUUUGCAAGGUCGAAAAUACCAAAGUUAGCAGCUGGACUUUCCUAAGACCAUUUACAACAAAAAUGUGGUGUGUCCUGGGUGCAUUCUUUGUCAUAAUUGGAUUUGUCAUUUGGAUCCUUGAGCAUCGGGUAAACAGCGACUUUCGAGGACCACUAAGGCGACAAUGCAUGACUUCUCUUCUGUAAGUAGGAUUUUCAAUAAAUUUUUCAUGGGGCUAAUAGUUGAUCAUUUUUUUCUAUUUCUUAAUUGUAUUGGUUUCCCUGAUAUUUAUCAGCGUGAACUGUGAAUCUUAUCCUUUUACAUGUUGUAGCUUUGAUUUUUUAUUCUAUUUUCUGGUGCAUGUUACCUUGUUGUUUUUACCAUCAUUAGAUAUCUGGUUGUUGUGAAGAUGAUGAAGUGACCUUCUUUUUUUUUUCUUUUUUGAUAUAACAUCCUCCAAGCAAAAUGCUACUUAUUUCUAGUCAUAUGUAGCUCCUUACUCCGUGCUAAUGCUAAUGGAAGCACAGCCACUGUAAUCCUAGCAAUGAAAAUUUUGUCAGUUGGAUCAAAAACAUCUGAUAAACUUAGUAUUCUUGUAACAGGAUCUGAGUUGGUGCCUUAGCUUUUGAUGAUGCCUAUUCCUAGCUGUCGACUGGUUAUGUCCUGGCAUGCAUUGAUUAGGUACCGGAUCAUCGACUUCUGCCAAGGCAAGAUGUCCCCUGGAAAAUGCAUGUAUCCUUGUUCUGCCAUAAGAUUAGAUAAGUCAAAACAACAGAAAUGUUGACAGCGUUAUUACAUAGUUUUUGGAAGAUUGCUUAGUUCAUGAUAGUCUGACUGUUAUAAUUUACGGAUUAGGGUAGUGUGGAAAGUGAUUCUUUAUCAGUCAACCUCCAAAAUGUGGCCUCUCAUUGCGAGGGACUUGUUUGCUUGAUGAUGCUGGUUGUCUCUAAGAGUUCGAUCCUCAAAGUAUUAGUUGGGAUCUCAUAGAAAUAAGUUGAUAUUAAUCACUCUGCGAAUAUUACCUAUGUAGGGAACCUUAUGCUUGAAUCAAUUUUUUUUCUAUUUACGGCUUUCAAUUCUUCAGUCUGGAUCGAUUUGUGCAAUAAUGCCUAAGUAGAUAUGCCUUUUCUGGGUCAUUAGUUAAAUCCUCAUUGAUUAAUGUGGAUUAAUGAGUCAAUCUAUUGCAAAUUUCUUGUCUCCUUGGUUCCAUUUGGAUCAUUACAGUCUCAAUCUCCCAAAUGUUAUAAAAGACAUUUGAAAUAUUUGAGGGUAGUCCCGUACACAAGCCCUAUAUGCUACCCUGUUAAAAAAAGCAUACUCUGCACAUUUUCUUACUCUACAAAUCUAGUAAUCAUAUUCUCUGCUGACUGACUUUACCUCUUGAAUAUCCACUUGUUCCCCAGAGGGGUCCCACACAAAGAUAAACUGCCUCAGUUCUUCUUGAUCGUCAAUUUGUCUUUUUUUUUUUUGAAGGGUACUAGCCAUCAUUGGUGCCAACAUGCCCAUAUUUCCUCCAGUACCCAGGUGGUUUGACAUCUGAGACCUAUUUUACGGAGAAGAUUCAGGCAGCUUUCUUGUAGGAGCGUGCAAUAAUAAAUGGAUGCUCUAAAGACGCCUUUGUAUGCAGCCAGAAAAUUUCAAGUGGAAUGUCCUACAUAGGAAAACUCAACUGAUCUCUGGUCCUCUUUCCUACAUCACUUUUAGCCAUAACCCCCCCCCCCCCCCCCCCCCCCCCGAACCAGGUCAUUUCCUCGUUUCUGUAUCGUCAAAAUGGUGAACUUAGAUGAACAGUUACUUUAUCUAGUCUCUGAACUAUGAAGAAAAAUUAAUGCAAACUCAAGUUCUUAGAGAGGAGGAAGCAAACUAAUGACCGUAAAGGGAAAGGCUUUCUGAAGCCUGGAACUGUGAUGCUUUCUUUGAGUUGAUUUCCGAGACUUGACUUCUGCUUCUUCUUUUUUUUUUCCUUAAAUCUCAAAUGGUUACUCUUACUCAGUACCAAAAGUUGCAUAGCCUCGUUAGGUUCUGACUGGACAUUUAAGAUAAGGGCUAGAUGGUAAAGCUUGAAGGUUCAAAAUGACCAUAUAGGUCAGCUUGUAGUUCUAAUGGUCCAAAUCACUUGCUUUCUCAAUCAAAAUUUGGAGCCACAUCUGAUGAUCUCAAUGAGAUUAUUGUCCUUGGUGCUGCAGUUCUAAUGGUCCAAAUCACUUGCUUUUUCAAGCAAAUUUGGAGGCACAUCUGAUGACUUCAAUGAGAUUAUUGUCCUUGGUGCACUUUCCUAGUUUCGGUGGUGGGAGGGCUGACAUUACAACCCAGGUAACUUUGAAUUUUGAAAGAUCAUCAGUCUUGGACUUCAUCUGUCAUAGUGAAGAUCAAUGGUAGGAACAUAGAAGAAGAAAAAGCUAGCAUUUUUUUUCUUGCCUAUGAUAACCAUAACUUUUCAUUACCGUCGUUGGAGCAUUAGACGGCUCUACCUCUGUAUCUUGAUCUGGUUCUCUCUAUCUCCCUCUUUGAAGAAUUUGGUUCUUUAUUUCCUUUAUCAUGAGUACUGUGGCUGUCUAUAUUUGCGAGUUUGUCUCUAUAUUCCGAUAAUUACCAGAAGAAUACUAAAAUGAAAAUGAUCAUCGCUAAUCUUUUCCUAGCUUGAACUUGAUAGCUACUUAGUUUAAGCGUAUAGCUGUUAGGGUUAUGCCCUGGUAGAGUAUUUGUGCUAAAGAGAGGGUGAUCCGGAAUACCAGUGCUCCUGAACCUCUAUGAUUUCCGAAGCAACAAGCAACUCAGCAAGUGAAAAGGAAGGACCUUUGUUGUUCUUCCUUCAUCCCUACAAGCUUAGGCUUGGACUUCCCAUGAGAACGAUAGUGUUUUCAUGAUUAUUUCAGUGAUCUUUGAUUUCUUCUUUCAAAGAAUUGGGUCUACUUCCAGAGUUUCAACUCUGAUUUCUCCAAUAAACAUCAAAGAAGCAUCUCUGGUUUCUUGUUUACGGCGCUCCUAUUAAUCGAUUCAUUACAGUUUAUGCAAUAAAGCGGAUAUUUAAUGCCCCGCCUAUGUAUCUAUCUCCGGCAUGUACUGGGCAUGAAAAUGGUGUUCAUGUAGAUUCCAGAGAGUUCUAGUUCUUUGCCAGUUCCUUUUGCCCAGUAUCAAAAUUCAAUGGAACAAGCUAUUUAGUGACACAGAUCAAAACUAUCUUUUUUUGGGGAACUUAGGCCCUAGUUUUCUGGGAUCCAGGGGUAGUUCCCAGAUGGAUCACAGGUGGUGGGUGCACUAUUAGAGGAACAUGGUAUCUCAGGCGCAUAUGUGGAGAUAUUGAAUGGCAGAGAGAUUGGGUAGAGAUUUAUGAGGCCUGCUUAGUUUUCCCUGCGAAUUAUUUAUUUUCAUUUGGAUGAAAUCAUCCGUCUUCUGCACUUUCACCCCAUACAUUCCGUGUUUUCUAUCUGCAUCACCUAAUGCCCGCUAUGUUCUUCUUCUGCAGGUUUAGCUUCUCCACGCUAUUUCAUUCCCAGCGUGAGUGGAACAAUAUCUGCCUUGCACUCCUCAUAUUAAAACGUAGAUUUAUGUAAACUAUGCUGUUUUAGGCAAAAUUUGACUAAAACGGUGCUGGGUUCUGCCUUGUUCGGUCAUCAGUGUGCUCGAGUCGUCUCUGUAGAGAAUCUAACAGAGCUUUUUUCUCAUCUGAUUUCAGAGGAAGACACAGUGAGCACCCCAGGGCGCGUGGUGAUGAUGAUAUGGUUCUUCCUACUGAUGGUGAUCACUUCGAGCUACACCGCCAGCUUGACCUCCUUCCUCACGGUCCAGCAACUUUCAUCUCCUAUCACAGGAAUCGAUAGCCUGAUAGCGAGCAACCAGCCCAUCGGCUACCAAAUGGGCUCCUUCUCCUACAGCUAUCUGACCAGUAACCUCAACGUCCACCGGUCGAGGCUGGUUUCUCUUGGCUCUCAAGAGGCCUAUGAAGCUGCACUGGACCUUGGACCGAAGAACGGAGGUGUGGCGGCCAUUGUAGACGAGCUCCCCUACGUCGAACACUUCUUAGCAAGAACGACUGGUUAUGGAAUCGUCGGCAGCUCGUUCACCAAGGGCGGAUGGGGUUUCGUGGGUUUUCUUCACCUCAAGAGUUUCUUGUCAAAAUUUUCUUCUAAAAGUGCAUUUAAUCCCUUAAAUCUUGGAUUUAAAUAUCUGGGUUUCUUCUGCUUUCAGUAACUUCUUUUGGGCAUUUUUUUCCCCCGAAAGAAUCCACUUUUGGAAUGUUUCUAACUUGGUACAUUACGCCCAUGGCAGGCAUUCCAGAGAGAGAAUCCUCUGGCAUUCGACAUGUCCACGGCCAUCCUACAGCUCUCAGAGAGUGGAGAGCUCCAGAGAAUCCACGACAAGUGGCUCUGUGUGGAGGGUUGCCCUAGCCAUAGAGGGGACGAUCCUAACCCUAAUCAUCUCCAUCUGAACAGCUUCUGGGGACUGUUCCUGGUUUGUGGGAUGAUCACCCUCUCCGCCUUGCUCAUCUUCGCCAUAAAAACAAUCUGGCAGUUCAUCUGCUACGAGAGGAAUCGGGAUGCUGCUGCAGGCGCCGAAGGGUCCUCCGGCAGGAGCUGCUCGGCUGUUGCUUGGAGCUUCCUGGACUUUGUUGACAAGAAAGAGGGGGCAAUCAGGCACCUGUUCAGCCGCCCCAAGAGCCCCUCCCAACCUCAUGUAAGCUGA